AUGCCUCCGCGGCAUUUCACUAGGUAUAUUGUCAUUGCGGCAGUCUUCAUUAGCGGCCUCAUAAUAUUUUCUUCGACGUCGAGCUCGUCCACCGCUGCCGUGAUCGAUGCGAUUUCAUACCCAGAAGCUCUCCGAGACGUGAUACCCAAACUCACUGUUCCCAACCUCCGCUGGUCUUUCCAGAGCUCCGCGCACAAGCCUCCCGAACAGAAGAAUAGUACACAUGGAGACAGCUCAUGGUAUAGCGAUUGGAAAUGGCUCAACCCCUUCUCCUCCUCUGUGACACUCGACGAGGAUCGCGUCGUCUUGCCUCCUCUGGCGGAACGGCCACCGGUCUACACAUUCUAUGAUACUUCAAUCGAAAGAGACGACAAGACAAAGAGCAUCGACAAGGAGUUUCUAUUGACAUGGAGGCGAGCUUGGUGGGCUCAUGGCUUUCGACCAGUGGUUCUGACGGACGCAGAGGCUAUGAGCCAUCCACUCUAUCAGACCUUACACGCGAAAGGCAUGCCGGCGGUCCUUGAGCAAGAGUUCCGGCAAUGGUUAGCUUGGGCUCAUAUGGGUACCGGUUUGCUUACAAGCUGGUACUGCUUACCCAUGGGCCCUGUUGAUGACGCCCUUUUAUCUCAUCUGCGUCGAGGGCAAUAUCCCCAGCUUACCAAGUUCAAGGGCUUGGGAUCUGGUUUGUUUGCCGGAGAAAAGACCCAAAUAGAAGAUGCCAUCAAGUCCGCACUCGAUAAUGUAAAAUUGAGCUCCUUCAAAACCAUCACGGAUGCCAUCGACUCAGAGCGUUUUGAAGUGGAACAGCCAACAUCCAUCGCUUAUUAUGAUUCCAAAACGAUAGCCUCCAAAUACCCUGUUCUGGCAGAAAUAAUGGCCAAAGAUGAGAAGAAAGGUCGACGCUCACUCAACCAACUCAUGAUGGCACAUCUUCACGUCAUGUGGCAAAAUACUUUCAGCGCUGGUAUUGCGGUCUUGCAGCCUCUUGCAGCUCACACCUUCACGCUUGUACAGCCAUCCAAGGACCUAGCCCGCCUUCUUGCAGAAUGUCCCAGUUCUAUCUUGCAAUCGUCUUGUCCGCCAAAUCGACCGAAAUGCACACCGUGUACGGGUUCGAAGUUGAGAAUCACCACCGCUCCUUCUUUCCGGAAUACGUCUUCCUUGUUUACAAUUGCCGUUGUGCCUCACCCUUAUACGAUGAUUACACUGACAAAUCAAUCCGAUGCCGUAUCUGUCGCUCAUAUAAGACGGCAUACUGAACGAGAUCCUUGGAUAACUGCAGUCACGCGGGAUCUGCUGGGAGACGGUCGUGGUGGUCCAAGCCGCGUAGUGGCCCUAAAGGACGCGGUGGCAUCAGAAUAUGGCAGCAGUCGUUCCUUAUGGUUUACAACCGAGCAUUUCCCUGCGUCUUUCAAUCCACCGCCCCCUCCACCAAAGUCGCCCACUAAUGAGGCUCGGCCGGCAAGAGAGGAAGUUUCUCCAUUCCCGGAAGACUGGCUCACGCAUCUCGACUGGCACUUUGGCUUUCCCGUUCCAAGGAUGACAGUGUCUCAUGGAGAGUCUUUGCCUCCAGUUCCUGGACCUGAGCGUUGGGCCAAACUUCCUGCCGGCGUUCCUGCCGACCGUAAGAAGGCUUCUGAUCCUGAUCCGCCUACAGAAGAGCAGGCUGUAAUUGAGGCCGACCUCUUACGGAAAGCAAGAAGCACUAUUAACAGUAAAGACGCCGCUGUGCUCAAGAUCCGUAAUGUGGCAGAGGCAUGGAACCUGGCCGACACGGAGGCUUGGAAGUUCGUGAAGGGUUUCCGAGCCCGUCAGGUCGUUGAGAGAUUGAAAUUUGAGGACGAAGAGUCUGCGUAUGAAACCGAGGGUGUGAAAGGCAAGAGUCGAUGGUGGGGUUCAUGA